CUCCUUUAUUAUUAUUUUAUGCCAUUCGAUACAAUUGAUACACCUCAUCAUUAUUAUCAAAUACCCUUGGAUGACAUUUGGUCUAAGCUAAAUGUAUCCUAUACAGAAGCCGGUAUUAAUGUAGAAACAAAUGUCACCAGCGCUUCAGAUCUGCACUCGCUCAUUGAUGCCUUUGGGAAAUUAUGUGACACCAAUCCACCUGACCCAGCAUACUCCCCAACUACCGUAUCUGGCAUUACGCCCCUUUACAGAAAUAAAUCACACCAAUCUAAGCCUGUCAAUUAUUUUAUAUGCACGGAUAAGCUCGGCAAGAGAAUCACGCCGAUCAGACAGAACAAUGGACAAUUGCGAGACAUUGCAGAUGCAUGCAUACACACCUACUUUGAAUGCUGGAUACGAUUCACACCUAUUCUCUCUCGUGAAGAGUUUAUGCAGUGGUACAUGUCACAUCCUGAUCCUACAAGCACCCUUAUUGUCAAUGCCAUCUGUCUAUUCGUAUUUCGACACAUGGUGACUCAUCAUUGCCCACCUGAAUUAGAACAUUAUAUCACCAAUCAAGACACGAUUCAAGAGCAAGAAGAAUAUUUCUUUGAACAGGCACGAGAAUACUUGGCUCAAACCUUUGACCACCCUGACAGGUUCACCAUCAUUGCCCUGUCCUACAUGAUGUCUCGAGCAGAACCAAGCCGUCGACAUCAGUACGCGGGUAUGGCAGUAUCUGCACUUCAUCAGCUCGAUAUUUAUCCACGCCUUGUUGAAGAUGACGACACAUCGUUUGAAAAAGAAAAGGAUACACGCCUCUGGUGGUUCGUUUGGGCAUGGGACUUUUACAUGUCCUCCUCAGGUGCACCCAAGAACACGCCUCAACCCAGAGUGCCUGGUAAAGAAAUCGAUCUGCCUCGCGUGAUGGAGCAGGACAUUGACAACGGCGAGCUUGGUAUUCUGGCAUUCAUUCACUGCCUACAAAUCUGGAAGAUACAAUCCCGCGUCGUCACAACAUUUUAUGAACAAGCAGUGGAUAUGACACUAGAACAACUUCAUGCGUACGAUAAACAGCUCUUGGAGGUUUACCAACAAUUGCCUUGUUAUUUGAAAGGACAGAGCAAAAACAACGACGUGCUUUUGGCUUCUAUUCGAGUUCACCUUGAAUACAAUGCGACACGCAUCAUUCUUCACAAGCUGUUUAUACCUGACCAAAACGACCCACGACCGAGCCAGGCAUCGCUCGAGUCAUUAAAUGUCUGUCUAAAGACUGCUCUUCAACAGAUUCCAAAUUUAAGCACAGAGUUACCCAAGGCACGGUGCGCAUUUGAUCGUGAUGAGUUUUGGAGAGCAUGUGAAGUCAUUUCGCUGGCGAUGGACAUUCACCGUACCUGUGCGUCUCCCAAGGACCGCGCGUUGAUUACCAAGGACGUUGACUUGCAGGAAUUUGAGAGUGGCCUGACAAGAGGUCUGCAUAUCCUAAAGAACACAAAGGAGUACCAAGUAGGCGGAAGAGGCUGGAUCCAGGUCGUGGACUGGUUAGAGGUUCAAAUUCGAAGACACCAACUGUAUUCUCGCCCAAGGCCAAUCAUGGACCCGUCUUGCUCUCUUGAAAAUCUAAAGAGAGAAGUCAAGCAAUUACCAUCAUUUGAUCAUCAGUAUUCUAUGCAUUCAUUUCAAGCAACCAAAAAGAGUUUGGCCAAUACUUCGUCCAUCUCCUUUGUACCAUUUCAUCCUACUUCAUCAUCGCCUCCUCGAUCACGAAGGAACUCUUCAGACCAAAGAGGCAAGGUUCAGUCCAAGUUUCGGUAUUUUAGUCCCAAAAAGAUGAACAAGUUUAUGUUUAUUGACGAUAAUCCUAUUUUCUGAAUACGUCCC